CACCUUAUAAAUUAGUUACCAACCUUCUCCUCAAAGUCCCAACAAAACACACUACACUAGCUCCACCACCUGCUCAAACUCAUAGCCUUCUACACACUUUCAAGAAACCAACGCAAGCUGACUUAUAGAAAUGACUUCAAAAACUUGCCUCUUCUUUAUCUUCUCUUCUCUAAUCUUCACAAACUUCGCCUUAGCGCAAGACCGAGCUCCUCAUGGGUUGGCUUACGAGACUCCAGUGGCAUUUUCACCUUCUGCAUUUGACUUCUUUCACGCGCAACCAAAAACCACUGAUGCUACUUUUGACCCUUGCUCGGAAUCCGGCUGCUCGCCUCUCCCCGUGGCUGCAAAGGUUCAAGGAGCUUCUGCUAAAGCACAAGAAAGCGAAGUAGCAUCAAUGUCAGUUGGUUCUAAAAGCGGAAUAGGAGCUGGUAGUGUGGUUGGGAUCAUCCUUGGACUUGCGUUUGCUGUGCUGAUGUGAACCAUGAUAGGGCAUAUAGCUAGACUUUGAGUUGUAAUGUGUGCUUUUGCUUUCCCUUUACUAGAAGCUUGUAUCUAAAUAUCCAUCUGCAGUGGUUAAUAGCAGAGUAUUUUUCACUGUUUACCAUCAGGGCCGUGUUUGAAGGGUUAAAUUUGUGGCUUUUAGCCUCAGACUCCCAAAAUAUCAAACUUUUGGAGACCCACUUUAGUUAAAAGUUUGGUUUAGCGUAUUGGUUUAUAAAGUGUGUAACUUAGAGUCUAUGUUAUAGAUUUGAAUCUAUAGAAAGAGUUUGGUUAGAAACCUCGAGUACAAAAGUUUGGUUGACGAGUUUCUUGAGAAAAAGAAAGGGAUUAUUAUUA